UAGGACCUCACACAGCCACUGAAGCUCUUUGUCUGAAGACAGCAGCUCAUCACAUCACAGCACCACAGAAGAAGAGAUGGCCCAGAUCAGAGCCCCUGUUGUUGUGCUGCUCGUGCUCCUGGCUGUGGGGCUGUUUGCUGCUGAGGUUUCUGCAGCUAAACAAGGUUUUCCUAGAGGCUGUUGUACGAGUUACUCCCAGGGUAGGAUGGACAUGCAUCACAUCCUUGGCUUUUCCAUACAGACAGUGAUUGACGGGUGCAACAUUGAUGCUAUCAUUUUCCAAACUUUCAGAGGGAGAUUCCAAUGUGUGGAUCCCACCAAGGGCUGGGUUAUGAAAGCUGUUCGCAAGCUGAGGGAGAGAGCGGAACGAUUGAACAAGAAAAGGUCAUAGGAAUAGUGUUCAUCACAAGGGUACACGGGACGAAGAGUUUGUGUUGCUAUCUUCAUUGACGGAGGAGAAUGCAAACAUGCUGGAAUCCUGCUAUCUCUAGAUUUAUCCAACUACCUGAAUUUUAUCAGACAUUUUUCUGUGCUGAAAAGGAUAAUAAAUGAAGAAUAUAAACAACGCGGAGCACCUGGACACAGCCCUUAGCCGUGGUAUAUUGGCCACAUAUGACAAACCCCUGAGGAGCCUUAUUGCUAUUAUAAACUGGUUACAAACAUAAUUAGAGCAGUACAAAUAUUAUUUAUUGUCAUACCGAUAGUAUAUGGUCUGACAUACUACAGCUGUCAGCCAAUCAGCAUUCAGGGCUGGAACCUCUCAGUUUAUUAUUUUGCAUAACCUAUUUGUAUAUGAAAUCAUCUGUGUUGGCAGAGUUUAAUGUUAUAAUCUUGUUGUAUGAGCAUCAGAAAUCACAUGUUUUAACCCUUUUAUUCAUAAAGGUCUUGUGUAUGAUCAGAUCAUUGAUCACAUCUGUUAUAUUUAACAGUUACUGUUACAUUUUAUCUAUAAUAAAUAAUGUAUAUUUUACUAA